CAACAACAACAACAACAACAACAACAAAAAAAAAAUAAUAAUAACAACCUGGAUGUGAGGAAUCACGUGAUGACGUAAAAGAAACGCUGAAUCUGUUCUGAGACCUGCUCGAAAGAAUCGGUUCCUGGAAAUGAAUCUAACCUUUAUCAACAGUGCUUGAAGACGACAGGUGCUUUAAUUACCCGGUCUCGGUCGUGUGAAAUAUGUCAAUGUUACCAACACUGUUUCAGUGAUUAUUACUUCGAUGCUAUUUAGAGAUAUGAAGCUUUAUUUUCCAGUAAUAUAUGCUUUAGUGGUCUUUUUCUCCACAUAUGCGUACGCGUUACGAGCUGCGCCAAAGCACGCGAGAAAUUUGAAGUCUGAGUCAGAACUGGACAUAAGAUUUGAAGAAGAUUUUGACGGAUCUGCUGUCAAUCUUAGCUCGCCGUAUUUGAAACUUCCCAUUUUCCAGCAUUCUAGAAUCCCACUUCUGGAGAAAGAGCAGUUCGCUCCAAUGCGGGGAUCAGGCCGUGAACAACUGCCAGAAAUGACGAGAAACGUCCUCAUCCCGCACGCCACAGUGCGUGCGAGCUCCCGCCGCCGCGGUCGAUCUAAAGCAGUAGAUGUUGUUUGUCAAAUGAAGAAAAUGAUCGUUAGAGUUAACAAACAAAUUUUAGGACUCGAUGGCUUGCAGUCCGAGUUAAAACUGGGAACAUGUGACAUCAGCAAGACUACAAAGCACUAUCAUGUGUUUAUUUACGACAUGGAUCAGUGUGCCAGUAAGAGACAGUUAAUAAACAAUAGAGUAACAUAUUCCAACAUACUACACUACUCUCCAGUGAUGGACCAUGGGCCAAUCCGCCGUGUCAUGCCUUUCUCACUCCCUGUUGAGUGUCACUUUAACCGAUAUCAUUACUCAUACAAAAUUGGUUACAUACCACAAGUCAGACUUCAGAACCACUUCAAGCCCCUGAGAACAGUGGACAGCAUUGUACUUACCCCCCGUGACGAGCUGUGGCGAAGAUUAUCCCCCACAGAAGAGUACACCAUUGGUCACCCCAUGUACUUUCAGGCAGAUGGACCCCCUCUUGCUGAGGACGAGAGGCUGUUUGUGGAUUCCUGCUAUGUGACUAUCAGCAGGUCUCAUUUGUCCAUGCCACGAUUCACAGUCAUUGAAAACCACGGGUGCAUGAUUGAUAGCAUGAGCAGUAAGUGGUCCAGAUUCAUUCAAAGUGAACAAAGGAAUGUUGUGCGGUUCUCAUUGGAUGCAUUUCUAUUCCACGGAAUCUUGGGAAAGCAUCUUUACAUGCAUUGUGAUAUGUCUGUCGGAAGCUUAAAUCCAACGGCAAGUGCAAAGUCCUGCACUUACAACCAGACAACAAAACGAUGGGAAGAAUUAUACAGUUCAAAUGCUGUGUGCCUCUGCUGCGACUCCACGUGUCUGUCUUCUGACCUGUCUGUGUCCAGUAAGGUCAUCACCAGUGAGCCCUGGAUCAUGGAGUCUGAUUUGAACAUAUUCGAGGAAGAGCAAACAACUUCAUUCCUGCCAGCGGAUGUGGGAACAGGCUUUGUUCAAGUAAUAACCCCACCAAUAACCACACCUGCAGAGAUUGGACCACAUCAUUUUGUGCCAGGCUCAGCUGUGGUGGUGGAGGAAGAAGACAAAAUUGUGGAGCCACACAGGACAUCUGAGGAGCUUUUUAUAGUGUCAUUUUAGGCAACUAUAACGAGGUUCACAUUCAGGGACGAAGGACGCGGGAACCGGCGAAUGUUCUGCAUAAUUUUAAUGAUAAAAUAAACACAAAUCACAGACGACUGCUGCUUAAACUAAAU